UGUGUUUACCUGGUAGAGAUGCUCUGUCCAAAGUGUGAAAUGAACUAGGGGUGUUGCCCCAUCACUAUUUAUAGGCCAAAUGCCCUACCAGUGAAGCAGGAAGAGUGCAGAAAUAUGGUGACCACCCCCAGCUUCCAUCACCCUUGACUGCCACCCCUACACCCACCCAUCUGAAUCAUUUACCAACAUUCAAUACCAUUUACUUCCUGCUCCAGAUGAUAAGUCCCCGACCAGAAUAUUAAAAAAGGAGUGUUUUGGGAAUUCCUGCCCUUCUUUCUGCUGAGGUGCAUUAGUGAUGCAGGGAAGUCAGGGACUAUAUAAAAGGGGAAUCCUUCCCCUCAUCAGCACAGCAGCACGUUCCUCAAGCCUUGACAUCUGACAAACUCUCAGAAAGAGGGAGAGAGAAAGAACAAGAGGAGAAGACAUCAGAAACAAGGCAAGGAAAGCCAGAACAGACAGAGUGCACAGAUAGACAGUGAGGUUUGCGCACCUUCAGUACAUCGCACGCUGACCAGAGUGACAUUAUGUGGUCUACACUGAAGAGGUCUUCCAGAUAUUCUUCUGUCAUCCGAAGGCUGCAUAAAUCUGCUCUAGAAGUGGCGGAACGUCCAGCCCCAGAUGACACGGUGACCGGCAGUUUUGGCGCAUUCAUCCAUGGCGUGCGGCCAGACCAGCUCUCCCAGACGGUGCUGCGGCGGAGUAAAAGGAUGGUGCUGGACAGCAUUGGCGUGGGUCUCCUGGGUAGCACCACCCAGGUGUGCCAGCUGGCACUGCAGUACUGCCAGCACAUGUACGCCCCUGAUGACAUCAGCUCCAUCUAUGGCCACAGCGGCGUCAAGCUGUCCCCAACGCUGGCCGCGUUUGUCAACGGAGUGGCGACUCACUCAAUGGACUUUGAUGACACCUGGCACCCAGCUACACACCCUUCUGGGGCAGUGCUUCCUGCCCUCCUGGCCAUUUCUGACAUGUUGCCCAGCAACAUUAAGCCAAGUGGGUUGGACUUCCUCUUAGCCUUCAACGUGGGCAUUGAGAUCCAGGGCCGACUGAUGAGGUUCUCCAAUGAGGCACAAAACAUCCCUAAGAGGUUUCACCCCCCCAGUGUGGUGGGAACUAUGGGCAGCGCUGCUGCCUGCGCCCGUCUCCUGUCCCUGGAGCGCGCUCAGUGCAGCCACGCCCUUGCCAUUGCCGCCUCCCUGGCAGGUGCCCCGAUGGCCAACGCCGCCACCCAGGCGAAGCCGCUGCACAUCGGGAACGCAGCCCGGUUCGGCCUGGAAGCGGCGCUGCUGGCGUCCCGCGGCCUGGAAGCCAGUCACCUGGUGCUGGACGCCGUGCCGGGCGUGGCUGGCUUCAGCGCCUUCUACGAGGACUACGCCCCACGGCCGAUGCCUUCUCCCGAGGAGGCGGAGCCCCGCUUCCUGCUGGAAGAGCAGGAUAUAGGCUUCAAGCGCUUCCCUGCACACCUGGGCAUGCACUGGGUGGUGGAUGCCGCUACCUCAGUGCACAAGCUGCUGGUCAGUGCCGAGGGCGGAGCUUUCUCCCCAGGCCUCAUCAGAGAGGUCCUGCUGAGGGUGCCGCCCUCCAAGUACAUCAACAGACCCUUCCCCGAGUCAGAGCACCAGGCCCGCCACUCCUUCCAGUUCAAUGCCUGCUCCGCCCUGCUGGACGGGGAGGUGACGGUACAGUCCUUCUUGCCCGCUGCGUUCCAGAGGCCCGAGCUGCGUGCCCUGCUCUCCCGCGUGCGGGUGGAGCACCCCCACGACAACCCCGGCAACUUUGACCGCAUGUACGGAGAGGUGCAGGUGAAGCUGGUCGGCGGGGACGUCCUCACUGGCCGCUGCGACACUUUCUACGGACACUGGCGCAACCCGCUCACCGACGAAAGCCUCCGCAGGAAGUUCUGUGCCAAUGCUGGUGCCGUGUUGCCCCAAGAGAAGGUGGAGGGCCUGAUGGAGACGGUGGAGAGGCUGGAGCAGCUGAGAAACUGCAGCCCACUCCUGGAGCACCUGCAGUGAGUGGUGCUGUCCAGCGGGGAGAGACAUCAAUGUAGCAAUGUAGAGUUCUCGCAGUUUCCCUCUCUACCCACAGCCACCCUCUCCCUGUCUAAAUAACAGCGUUACUUUCGUAAGACUGGGGUUUCUACACACUGAGUAUGUGCACAGACUAUAAAAAGUGGAACUUAAAGCACCAGAACAGAGUAAAAAGUAAUACUAAAUGUAUUGCAAAACGCCAGCUCCAAGUUCCACUGAUGCACAUUAAAUUGCAAUGAUCUUAAAUCUGAGAAUCAAUUCUGUAAAAACUGGUUUCAAUCAAAAUUGUUUAAUUGAAAAUAAGAUGAACCAUGCUGAAGUGAUGAUCCCAUUCCCUGUGAAUCAGUGACUGUUCUAUAUUCUUAUGAAUGCCACUAAAAGAUUUAUGACCUUGAAAUACUGUCUGUAAAGUUAACAAUAAAUCCCAUAUUUUGUAAUGAUCAGUGAUAUAAUCUUGAAAAAUCAUUUACUGUACUUUCAGAAAGGGUUUGUGUUCAUCUGUAGCAAUGCAACUGUAUGUUCUGUAAAUAUAUGCUAAAUUAAUAUUUGUUAACACUAUCCACAUGCAUACUCAUAUGUAAUGAGUACAAAUAACUGGUCUUUCACAUAAUUAAAUAAAAUAUUUUAAAUAAGCUGUUUUUCUUGCAAUUAUUUGCCUAUAAAUAAAUAU